CUUGUCUUGUACCCCCUCCCUCCCCGUCUUGCCCCAACGUCCCAGUAGUGGACGUUACACGUGGGCUGAUCCGUGAGAUCGAUUGUUUCGGCCUGAGCUUGGGCCUCAGGGGGUGCUCUGGAGGGUCCAGGGACACUGUCAUGGACGUCUACGGCCAUUUCGGGGGCAGGCGAGUCGUCGGGGGGCAUGGUUGGUACCGGGUUGGUUUUGUUGGUAGGCAAUGGGAGGGCAGUAAUUCAAAAGGUGCGUCCGCGGAACACUCGAUAACGAGAUCGGGGCAAACCUGGGGAAUUAGCUCAGAUGGUAGAGCGCUCGCUUAGCAUGCGAGAGGCACGGGGAUCGAUACCCCGAUUCUCCACUUUCACUGCCCGGCUAGCCCUAUCGGUAGAUCGUGAGACUCCUAAUCUCAAGGUUGUGGGUUCCACCCCCAUUCGUCAACUUUUCGGAAAUUACGUUCUCCUGUAUUUUUUCCCCUGGGGAUUCGGUUGUGGUUUUCUUCCCGUACUCUUCCCUGUUCAAACUUGUCGGAUUUAUCACUACCUGCUUUUUUACUUUUUUUUCCUUUCUCCUUUCUUUUUUUCCAUUCCUCUGUUUUCUUUUCUGUUCUUUGCGUUCAUCGUCUUUUUCAGUCUCCUCAUUGUUCCAGUUCAAACACCUUUCCCAAUUUCUUUUUUGUCUAUCGCUCCAUCAUCUGGAGUCUGACAAUAUUUGCACUUGGGUCUGGAGUAUUGUUUGAUUUGCUUCAGUCUUUGUUGGCUGUCUUGUAUUUGAUUCCCUUGUCUCAUAUGAUCAUGAUAUUCGCUCUGUAUCUGAUUUUUUCAAUUUUAUUCUUCAAGGCCCUCCUCUGGGUAUCGUCUAUUCUAUUCGUCCAUACUGCGAUUUGCAGAUUGUUCUGUCCUUUUCUUCCCUAUAUCAGGUGUGCCUUCCUCUCCCGAGUUAGGUUGCUUGUAGCUGCAGCGACUUGCUGGUUCCCUCCGUGCUAGCGCACUCCAUGUUCCCUCAGGAUAUCACAAGGCACGCCGGACAAGCAUUUACAUAUUAAAUACCACGGAGGAAUUGCCAGGGCCUCGCCUUGUAUCCAUGGCGGUGAUGUGCGCAUCGCUGGUUGUUGCUGGCUCGACACCGCUAUCAUCGUGGGGCCAAU